CGGUCUUCGCGCAGUGCAGGUUAGAAGAAAAAAUAACGCCGCAAGUGGUCUGUAACGUGGAAAAUACUUAAAGUUAAGGCUCCUGUUUUGCACUCCGCAGACAACAACUUCUCCUAACCUUCUUCCGGGUGUUGGGCGAAUUUACAAUGUCGGACUGGGAGGAAGAGUAUGAUGAAGUUGGCAACGCUAAACAGAAGUUUGCCAGUAAACCAGCCCGAGCUGAAUGGAAGUUGACCAUUAAUGGCUGCCAGGCGGAAAACGCUCAUUUCGAUGUGAGCAACGUACCACGAAGAGGGAGAGGGAGAGGUCGGCGUGAUGGAGGUGAUGUGGAGGGCAGGAGUUGGAGGGAUGGAGGCAACAGUGGAGGGUUUUCCCGGAGUAUGGACCGUGGAGGCCGGGAAGUCCGGAGCCCCGCCGAGGAAAAGUCGGACUCCGCUCCUCCCAUGACUUUUGGUCUGGACAACGCUGCAGUUGGGAGAGUGAUUGGUCGCGGAGGCGCCAAAAUUCGUGAACUUGAAGAAACCACUGGUGCAAGAAUCAAAAUAAAAAGAGGAGACUAUGAGAGUGAAGUGGUCGUCUUUGGGUCCUCUGCUGCCCAGCAAAAGGUCAAGGAGAUGAUUGACGACCUUAUGGCAGAUGGAAGCUCUCAAUUCCGCAGUGGUGGAAGCUGUGGAAGUAGAAGUGGAAGUGGUGGUAAUGGAGGAGCAAGGCAUGACUCUGUCUGGUCUGCUGCACAAGUGCAGGCUGCACAAGCAGGUGAAAAACCCCAUGCAGUCAUUGACUGGACAGCCAUAAGACAGAACAAGGAGAAGUUUCAGCAGCUGAAAUGGAAGGACCUCCCGCCCCUUAAAAAGAAGUUCUACACUGAGGCAAAGAGUGUAGCCAUGCUUACAACAGAGGAAGUCGAUGAGUGGAGAAAGGAGAAUAACAAUAUCUUUGUGGAUGACCUGAAGGAGGAGGGGGAGAAACGUUCAAUUCCCAACCCCUGCCGAACCUUCCUGGAAGCCUUUGAGCUCUAUCCAGAGAUCAUGGACAAUAUUCACCGAGUUGGUUUUACUAAACCAACCCCCAUCCAGUCUCAGGCAUGGCCGGUGUUGCUGAGUGGGGAGGACCUGAUAGGCAUUGCCCAGACAGGAACAGGGAAGACCCUGGCCUACUUGUUGCCAGGUUUUAUCCAUGUGGACGGACAGAUUGUACCCAGGGCUGAGCGAGGUGGUCCAGGCAUGCUGGUGCUGACUCCCACCAGGGAGCUGGCUCUGCAGAUUGAAGCUGAGUGCAGCAAGUACAGCUACAAGGGCUACAAGAGUAUGUGUAUCUAUGGCGGUGGGGACAGGAGGGGUCAAGUCAAUGUGGUAAAGAGUGGAGUGGACAUAGUGAUCGCAACGCCAGGCCGACUUCACGAUCUGCAAAUGAAUGAGAUCAUCAAUCUGCGCUCCAUCACCUACUUGGUCCUGGAUGAGGCAGACCGAAUGCUAGACAUGGGCUUUGAGCCUCAGAUUAUGAAGAUUCUCCUGGAUAUCCGUCCAGACCGACAGACUGUCAUGACCAGUGCCACUUGGCCUCCUGGCGUGAGGCGACUGGCCAGAUCCUACCUGAAGGACCCCAUGAUGGUGUAUGUGGGCACCCUGGACUUGGCAGCGGUGAACACAGUGAAGCAGACAGUGCUGUUUGUCCAUGAAGAGGAGAAAAAGUCUUAUGUGUUCGACUUCAUCAGGAACAUGGAGCCCCAGGAUAAAGUGCUCAUCUUUGUUGGAAAGAAGAUUAUGGCUGAUGACCUGUCCAGUGACAUGUGUCUGCAGGGUCUGAUAGUGCAGAGUCUCCAUGGCGGUCAUGAGCAGUGUGACCGUGAAGAGGCUCUCAAGGAUUUCAAAGAUGGUCGGGUUCGUAUCCUGGUCGCCACAGACCUGGCGUCUCGGGGGCUGGAUGUCUUUGACAUCACGCACAUCUUCAACUACGACUUCCCCAGAAACAUUGAGGAGUAUGUGCAUCGUGUAGGCCGAACUGGGCGAGCAGGACGCUCAGGUAUUGCUGUUACACUGGUAACAAGAGAAAAUUGGAGGAUGGCCCCUGAGCUGAUUCCCAUCCUGGAGCGAGCUGGACAGGAGGUCCCUGAGGAGCUUGUUCUUAUGGCAGAGAGGUAUGAGAAGCACAAGCGGGAGAAGGAAAUGUACAGCCCACGGGGGGGAGGAGGAGGAGGAGGAGGAGGAGGUAGAGGAAGAGGAGGCAGGGAUCGAGGCCGAAAUUGGGAAUUCUGAUGGAUCUCUCAUAUGCUGUGUUAUGUGUGCUGUGAUAUCGCCCGCCUCACCGGCGAUGGAGAAGGCCUUCCUGACAGCCACGGUGGGGUACAUGCAGCUUUCCCUCAGGUAGUCAGCAACCUGGCCGCCCAUCACAGCCAGCAAACCACAGCCGAUGUAGGGCAGAGCCGACAGCAUACCGUUCUGUUGUGGAGAGGGAACAGUCACUGUACAGGACAUGAAUGUUUAACAUUUUAUUGUAUGGUUAUAUGUUUUAAAUCUGGGUAUACAUUUUUUUAAAGGUAAAUUCCAAUCUUAGAUACUCUUAUGCUGUUAUAUAUCAUGGAUCAAUCUGGACUUAUUCUGUGAUGUAUUGCCGUUUACUCUCUUGUGUACACACACUCCCUCAAGCUGCCUCGUCUACUCCAGCUAGUGAAACUGAAGUAAACUGCAAAACCAACAAUCCUGUUGGCUUUUCAUGUUUGCUGUUGGUGAACUACACCUCCAUGUCCUUUUGUAAAUGUGGCUGUAGAUUAUGUGUUCACAGAAUAUGGAAACAUUCACUGACUGACCUGACAGCUGAAGGAAGGGCUUGAAAGACUGAAAGUGAUGCACAUAAUAUAUAUGUAUUUUCUACUCCCCUUUGCUCAUUCCUUUGUUUUGUCACCAUCUGUUCUUUAAGUAUGGUAACAUCACCAGCCACCAAAGACCAGGCACCCUACUUGAUUCGUUCACUCAUUUAUAUUGCCCUUUUCAAAACAAAGUUGCUGAGUGCUCUCCAACUACCAGAUAAAACUAGAUAAAAACAGUAGUACAAAGUAUUAGUAAAAACUACAUGUAAAACAAAUGUACAAGUAGGUUUUUAAGUUAGAUUUAAAGAAUGAAACUGAAUUUCUCAUUUAGAUAGAAACUGGAUGUCUGUUCCACAAACAAGGGGCCCUAACUGCAAAGGUAAAAAUCACCUUUUAAUUCCUUCUUAGAGAACAGCCAACAGUGUUCUGCCUUCUAACCUGAGACUGCAAGGCUGCUGAUAAAUAGAUAAACUUUCAGAAAUGUAAGUGGUGGCCAGGCCAUGGAGUGCUUUAAAAGUUAUCAGUAAAACCUUAAAAUCAAUGCAAAAUUUAAUUGGCAGCCAACAUAAUUCAGCUAUAAUUGGGAUGAUAUGGUCUGUCAGUCGGGUUCCAGUUACAAGCCAAGCUGAUGCAUUUUGGACCACUUACAGGUGAGCAAGGGUCUUCUGACUGAGAGAGGAAUAUGGUGAAUUCUAGUAAUCAAGUCUUGGAUGGAUAAAGUGGAUAAAAACAGAAUCUAACAUCUACUUUCACCUGUUCCUCGAAACAUAGUGCUAAAACAAAAAUUACCCAAAGGUUUACAGCAAAGAGUUUAAAAGCAGCAACCAGCCAGUUCAGGUGGUUAAAUAUCUUAUCGUUACAAUCUGGAAAUCCACUUAAGAGCAUAGACCUUAAGUAGGAUUUGUGCAUUUUCACUAAUUGGUAAUCCUGUAAAAUCACCACAUUUUUUUCCUGUACUGAGUUUAACAAAGUUUUGGGUCCAUUAUUUUAAUGUCAAUCAAACAGUCUACUAAUAUUAUUUAGUCUAGUGAGAUAAUUUUGAUUCAGGGCUAGGUACAACUGUGUCUCAUCAGUGUAACAAUGGAAUGCAAUCUCAUAUUGGCUAAUACGUUUCACACUUAGAGGUGAGGGUUCACACCGAUUUGAGUUUGGGGUUUAUUACAAGCCUUAGAUCUAAAGUUGACUAUAUGCCCCUGGAACCUCAA